UUAUGGAAGUGUCACAAGUUCCAACCCAUCCAAACUAUCCCUAAGGUUACCACCUCCUUUGUGGAUUUUUCCAAGUGAAACAAAUCAUUAGGGACACUAAUACACAACUCCCAACUUUGUGAAAUAACAUUAUUUCAAGUACAUUUUAAUUACAAAACAACAAAACAUUGCAAAAAUGCCUGCUGGAGGUGCAUUAUUCGGCAGUGCCGCUACGGGCCCCGGUUCAACUGGCGGUAACAAACACUUGGUUGAAGUACGGGCGGGCAAAAUGAGUUUGAAAGGUCGCAUGGUGUACCCUGACAAACGCAAGGGUCUUCUCUACGUGUACCAAAGCGAGGACUCUUUGAUGCACUUCUGUUGGCAAGAUCGCACCAGCGGUAUUGUUGAGGACGACCUCAUAAUCUUCCCUGAUGAUUGCGAAUACAUUAAAGUGCCCCAGUGCACCACUGGAAGAGUCUAUUUGUUGAAAUUUAAAUCAUCCAAUCGCAAAUUUUUCUUCUGGUUGCAAGAGCCCCGCACUGAUAAAGACGAAGACAACUGCAAGCGCAUAAACGAGUUGUUGAACAACCCCUCAAGCGCGGUCCAGUCGUCGCAGUCCCCGGAUCAGGACUUGCAGUCUCUGUUUAAUAACAUGUCGCAAUCCCAACUCAUGCAAUUAUUUGGAGGCGGCGUGGGCCAGAUGGGGGGGCUGUCGAGUCUCUUGGGGACCAUCAGGGGCCCCAACAGCGGAAGUGCUCGUACUAACACUACCCCCGCUAUAACUCACCGUACCACAGUCCCAAGCACCCCAACCACCAACACCACCACCACAGCCGUCAGCCAAUCGCCGGCCACUCCGCAGACAACUACAGCCCCCACGACAGCCCCGGGCGCCCCCCGAGCCAACCGGUCGUCGGACUCACCAUGCGGGCAUAAAAUUCAGUUAUCAGACUUGCAGAAUUUCCUGCAGGGGAUUUCCCCAAUUCAAGCUUCGUCUCAACAAUCUGUUGAUUUAUCAACUGCUUUGACUGCUGAAGGACUGUCCGGGAUUUUAAACAAUCCGGGGGCUAUUCAGGCCCUGCAAAAUCAUUUGCCGGCCGUUGAGGGUGACCCCCAAGACGCCUUGCGAGCAACAUUGAAUUCGCCCCAGUUCCAACAAGCCGUUUCCCAGUUUUCUAGUGCUUUAGAGUCGGGACAGUUGGGGCCGGUUGUGUCUCAAUUGGCGGUUAAUCCGGAGGCGGUGGCAGCGGCGGCGCAAGGAAACAUGCAAGACUUUAUGAAAGCCUUGGAAAAAACUGAAGGAAACUCGUCAAAGGAAGAGGAUAAGGAGAAGAAAGGCGAGAAAAAAGAAGAUAAGGAUGAUGAUCACAUGCAAACUGAUUAACUAAAUGUAUUAAACUGAGUUUAUUGAAUAAAAUUUAAAAUGAGA